AUGCUAACACUAAAAAGGAUCGCCGCUGGGGGGGAGGAGGGGCCCCCAGGCUCAGCAGACGCAGCAGCAGCAGCAGCAGCAGCAGCAGCAGCAAGUGCAGCGCAGAGAGGAGGUGGGGGGCCCCCCUCAGGGGCCCCCCAACCAGACGGGGCCGCACAGGUAGGCACCCAGGAGAGAAAGAAAAGAGAAGAAAAUAAAGAAAACAAGAAAGCUGAUGAGGGCCCCCAAGCGGGGGGGGCCCCUAGUGGGGGGGCCCCCAAUGAAGGUGGUGCCCUGGAAGAGGAAGGGCCCCCUGCUGCUGCUGCUGCUGCUGCUGCUGCUGCUUCUGCUGCUGGUGCUGCUGCAGGUUUCAGCUCUUAUAACGAAGAAAAGAAAGGGGGGGUGAUGCCUCCUGCUGCUGCAGAGCAGCAGGCUGCUGCAGCAGACAAACAAACAGAACAGACUGAGUCCCCCGCACCAGCAGAAGCAACAGCAGCAGCAGCAGCAACAGGAGCAGCAGCAAAAGAAGCAGCAGCAGAAGCAGCAGCAGAAGCAGCAGCAGAAGUAGCAGCAGAAGCAGCAGCAGCGGAUCCCAAUACAGCAGCAUCGCCUGAUGUUCAUGCUGCUACACAUCGGCCAGCAGCAGCAGCAACAGCAGCAGCAUCAGCUGAAGCAGCAGAAGCAGCAGCAGCAACAGCAGCAACAGCAGCAGCAGCAGCGUGUCGCGCGGAGGGGAGUGCAGCAGGAGACUUGCUGCUGCUGCGCACUGCAGCAGAAGCAGCAGCACGUUCUCUGCUGCAGCGGCUCGCGGCCUGGCGGCCAGCAGCAGAGGGGGGCCCCCCCCCGCUGCUGCAGGAGGCCCCGGGGGGCCCCCUUGCUGCUGCUUCUCCCCUGGGUGCGUUGAGGGCCCGCUUCUCUUCUUUUCUUUUAUCCUUCUCUAGACAAAGAGAUGCAGCAGCAGCAGAUACUAGACCGCUCUCUGCGCGGCAGCUUGCAGCUCCAUACACAGGGCAGCAGCAGCAGCAGCAGCAGCAGCAGCAACAGCAGCAGCAGCAACAGCAGCAGGAGGGGAACAGCUGUGCAGGGACUCCCGCUGCUGCUGGUGCUCCUGCUGCUGCUGCUGCUGCUGCUGUUGCUGCAUGCGGAGAUGCGGCAGAGGAUGCUGCAGGUGUAGAGAGUGCAGCAAGAGAGCUGGGCGAGGGUGGUGUGUGCAGCAGCAGCAGAGCAGCAGCAGAGAAAGAAAGAAGUGAGAGCCUGGGGUCGUGGCUGCGUCUGAGGGGGGUUCUGGCUGCAUGCGUGGGGUGUAUGUACACCGCAGCGCAGCAGGGGGUGGGGGGCCUCAAGAAGAGGAGAGGAGACAAGCAGCAGCAGAAACAAAAAAAUAAAAACAGAGUUCUCUGGCUGCCUCUCUGGCUGGGGGGAGCCGGCAGUGGGGGCCUGUGGGCCGCCAUUGCUGCUGCAGCAGGAGAGCCGGUUGCUGCUGCGAUGAAGCAGAAAGUAGUGCUGUACAUGCAGCAGCAACAGCAGCAGCAGCAGCAGCAGCAGCAGCAGGAGCAACAGCAGCAGCAACAGCAGCAGCAGCAGCAACUGCAGCAGCAGCAGCAACAUGCACAGGGAGCUGCCAAGCAGCCAUAUAACCAACUAGAGAGUGAAACAGAAGCUGUGCUGCUGCAGCUGCUGCAGGGGUUGCUGCUGCAGUCGCCGGAGAGUGGGGGGGCCCCCAGGUCGGGGCCCUGGGGGGUUCUAGGUAUAGCCAUCACUGAAGAAGAAGACAGCAGCAGCAGCAGCAGCAGCAGCAGCAGCAGCAGCAGCAGCAGCAGCAGACAGACAGACAGCAGGAGCAGCUCCCCUCCUUGUGCUGAAGGAGAGCAGGAGGGGCCCACCAGCAGCAGCAGCAACAGCAGCAGCAGCAGCAGCAGCAGGAGCAGCAGCAGCAGCAGCCACCCGCUUUCAGGUGUAUUGAGAGGUGAGGGUAAGAGGAUAGGGUUUGAGCCUCUCUGUCUGCUGAAGGGGCCCCGCAGCAACGCUGCUGCAGUGCAGCAGCAGGGUACUCGCCUGCUGCUUGCUGCAGCAGCAAACGGGCAGCAGAACAGCCAGCUGGGGGCCCUCAAAGCAUUGACGCUGCUGACGCAGCACGAAGACCCAGUGGUGCUGCACACAGUAGCUCAGGAGCUACGCAGCAGCAGCAGCAGCAGCAACAGCAGCAGCAGCAGCAGCAGCAGCAGCGGGUUUGGUAUUGGGAGCGGAGGGCGGAGUCUGGACGCGGGUUUGGCUGCUGCAGUGACGGCUCCCUACAGCAGCAGCAGCAGCAGCCCAGGAGAAGGUGAUGGUGCCGCUGCUGCAGCAGUUUUUGCUGCUGCGUGCUGCGCUGCAGCAGGUCAUCUCUUGCUGCUCAACCCAGCUCGAUGCAGCAGCAACUGGGGGGCCCCCUUCCUCCUCUCAGGAGGGGGCCCCCCUAAACGUACCCACUAG